AUGCCUCGUCGGAAUCCUGCUCGCACAGGGAACUCGAAUCUUGCCCCUCAAAGCAUACCUAUUCCUCCUAUUGACAAUGCUUUUCAACAUUUCGCGAACGAGCUCGCCACGCUCAGGACGAAUUGGAAGUGGGCUGCGUUCAGCCAGUUCUAUUUUACAUUUAGUCCGUUAUUCAAUAUGGAGGAGGUUACUCUUCAGCACAUUGAAGACGAUCUGGUGCGAGGAAGCAGUAGUGUGUUGCCUCGUAUAAUGCUGAGGCUGCUGAUUACUUUGUCAAAUGAUCGUAAAAUGAACCUGGAUACUUGGCAGAAUGCUCUACGACGACAGUAUAACCGACGCGACCCUUCAGCCAAUCACAUCGGAUUAGAACCGCCCAAAACUACCGUCCACAGUCGCUAUGCUUCAGUGAUAGAAGAAGAAGCUACUCCGGACCCCACUCCGGAGUUCGAGCCCAAAAUCGAGGAAAUCUCCAACGAAAAUGGCCUAGAUGUUUCGGCUGGUGAUAAUGGAAGCUCGGUAAUCUCAAGAGAAGAAAGCCUUGGGCUAGGAUCCGUACCAACAAAGAUGAAGGAAGAGGAUCAAUCCGUCGAAGAACAGGAAAUAUUGCAAACGGCAGAACCCCCCAUUGAAGAAUGCCAGUCCGAAACUAAGGACUGGAAUACUCUUCCCAUGUUAGAGAAAUUGGAGUCGAUGCAUCUUCUUACCGAAUGGCAGUUCCAGAACCCUCUCCGACUUCGCACGAUCAUGAAGAGCGACGAUGAAACUGCAGAAUGGCGAAUCGAACCAAUUGGUUACGACGCAAAACGGAAUGCCUAUUGGCUCAUUGGUGCUGAUCGCCUUUGGAUUCAACGGGUACCGCCUAAACCCCCCAAAACUGCAAGACCUACUAAGAGCAACAAGAGGAAACGCGGAGCAACAGAUACCGGCAAUAUUAGUAAAGCCAAGAAAGCCAGGACAUCCCGGUCCACCAACACUUCCGCGAAGAAAGGAAAGAGAAAAGGAAAGGUCGUCGCAGUUCUCCCUCAAACUAAAGGCAAAAGCAAGCAAUCGGCGGAGGAGCCAACUACCCCAGGGCGCCAUGGACGUGCAGCAAAGGCGAAGGCUAACGCCCAACUAGAAGCUCAAGCUAAGCAGCUGGCUGAAUUAAAUAGACAGGCUGCAGAAAUGACCAAAGCAGAUGGCCGUGCUUCUAGGUCUACCAAAGCUCAAUUCAACUCGCCAUCCAAGUCCGAGCCUAAGGCUCCAACCACACCCUCCCGUACAUCGUCACGCCUGACCCGGAAUUCUUCGACGAGACCCCUUGGCACACGGAUUAGCGCGCGGUUGAGAGGUUCUGACAAUGCUGAUGACGCCGAAUGGCAGGCUAUUCCCGACGAAUGGCUGAAUGGUAGAGAAGACGAGGAAGACGAUUUUGAGAAAACAGGGCUUGUAAGUGGUGGGUCAAGUUUGAGUGACUUGACAGAGCUCUCGGACAAAGAAGAACCCGCAGAAGAUGAUGAGGAAGAGGAAGAGGAAGAGGAAGAGGAGGAUUUUAUCGAAGAAGUGGCGGAAGUGGAAGAGGUAGAGGAAAUACCCGAAGAACCUACACUGCCGGAAGACUUUAUUGAGUGGGAAACGAUAUGUGUGACCCUUUACGACUGGGAGCACAUUGCUGAACGUUGGGAAAAUGCUACACACUAUGUUGAAAAAGCACUCUACAAAGUCCUAAAAAAUCACAUCGUUCCCGUCAUUACAGAGGAGCUGAGGGCGAUUGAGAAUAAACGGCGCAUAGAAGAAGCGAUCGUGCAUCGAAAACGGUCUUCGCGUAUUGCUAUCAAGGAGAGUGAAAAGGAAGAAGCAAGAUUAACUGCAGUUAGAAAAGCGGAGGAAGAAGAGAAGAUGGGGCGCCAGAGACGAGCUGAGGCUAGGCAGAGGAAGGAGGAAGCGGAGCGUUUGAAACGGGAACAAGGUCGCGAACAGAGGAGAAAAGAGAGGGAGGCACAGUUAGCUGAAAGAGAGGCGCGAGAAAAGGAAGAGCAAGAACGAAGUUCAUCCCUUGAUGUCAGCCAGGACUCCAAGCAUCAAAAGAAAAAGGUCAAACGGCAGCCCACCACAUUUGACUUGUCCAUCAAUGGUGUUGCAAGUGGAUCGCGUACCCCCGCCGGCGACGAUUGGGAACUCGAUUGCGAGAUCUGCCAUCGUCGAGGUAUCAAUUUGGAUGACGGCGUACCACUCAUGUGCUGUGGAAAAUGUGCUAAGUGGCAACAUAUACCGUGCCAUGACAAAGCAGAUGAGAGAGCUGGGCUACCUGGACGGAAUUGGGAAGAAGUCGAGUUCGUCUGCCGCAAAUGUCGCUCGGGAAUGUUCAGUGGUGUCGCCAAUAGCGCAUCUUCAGCAUACCCUCACUCGAAUAAUCGCAUAGCUCUUAACCAGCCCCUCCAGCCAUAUCAACAAUACCAACCUCAUCCACAGAGUCAUCGUCUAUCUCUGCCAACAUCUUCACAGAAUCAAAGAUCCUAUCCAAACCCUUCCUACAAUAAUCUAUCUACCUCCCCUUACCCUCAUACGAUGUUGACAAAUCCAUACCUUAACGGUAACGAUAGAAUGGCAACAUCAGAUAUCCGGUCUUCUCCGCCACAAGUACAGGCUCACACACUACCUCAAUCUAAACCUCUGACCUUCCAGCACUACCAACCCCCCAAUCAACAACACAUCAAUCCGACCUCUCCUAGACCCUCAUUAAUCCAGUCACAGUAUAACACCAAUUUUGGAACGCACGUACAGGCUUACGGAACAGCCCAAUAUACAAGCUCGGCCACGAAUGGAGUAACCCCAUCGCGUUCGUCGUCAAACUUCGAGAGCUGGAACGCGCAUCACAGUUAUUCGAACCCUUAUGUGACUAGCACCGAACGGUUGACUGCCCCCCCUCCGCAACGGCCACAGUCGUGGCAUCCGCAACACCUACCGCCCUCUAACAAUCUUCCUUCCUACGCACCUUCCUAUCAAUCAUAG